UGGAGCACUUGCACAGGCGCAGUGGAGCAACUGUGUGUCAUGUGACUGGUCAGCGAACAAACAUGGCUGCUCCUGUGCCGGAGAGCCCAUUUCAUUCUAAGGAUGAAUCUGCAGACACUAUGGAAAAUCUAGGUUCCCACCAUGAAAAGAGCCAACUACAAGACAGCAACAGUGGUGCAUCUGGCCGCAAUGUAGAUGACAAAAAUUCAGAUCCUGUUACCACCAGAUCCCUCCCACAUGGAUGGAAAAGAAUUGUAAAACAAAGACAAUCGGGCAAGACCUCAGGGAAAUAUGACGUAUACUUUGUAAGCCCUCUGGGGACAACAUUAAGAUCCCGAAUUUCUCUUGUAAAAUAUCUUAAAGACAUGAACCUGAAACUGGAGGACUUUGAUUUCUCUGUCCCAGAACAAUCACAAAAACAACUUAUAAAGAAGGAACAAUACAAGGGGGAAGAUGAGGACAGAGACCAAAAAGUAGCAGCUGAAAUGACACAAUAUACAAAAGCAACACCAGCGUUAAAAAGAAGCACUGUUUGCAGAAAAAGAAUUAGAAGCCAUAGGAAAGGGUCUGACAAAGGUGUUCCAGAAGGUAGUGGACAAAUUAAGCGGCAAAGAAAGCACUCUUUUGAGCUUCAGCCACAACGCAAGCAGAAAAAAGCCACACCGAGCAGGAAACCAAAGAGGGGACUGGAACAAAAGAAAGAUAAACAUGACACAUUGAAUAUUCAGGAGGAAGAUUUUAAAUUCAGAGUAACAGCUCCAAGUCCCUCUUUUGAUAAUGAAGAAGCAGAAAUUCUUUCAACCUUGUCUGAGAAUGUAUGCAAGUGUUCUGAUGAAACAGAUGAUCAGGCAGUUCCUUGCACACCAGAACUGCUCUGUGACACGGGAACAGAGGAUGCAAACAGCCAUUCCAACAGGGAUGACGUUGAUACCUUCACUUCUGCUACACAAACCGACAAUUUUAUCACGGCAUCUCAAGUAGAAAGGAGAAAAACCAGUCCUUAUUUCUCCAGAAAAGCAAUCAGAGAAGCUCUUGAGCCGCCUAAAAGAAAAGCUUUUACCAAAUGGACCCCACCACGUUCUCCUUUCAAUUUGGUUCAAGAAACUCUCUUUCAUGACCCAUGGAAACUGCUUGUUGCAACCAUCUUUUUAAACAAAACCUCUGGGAAAAUGGCCAUUCCUGCUCUGUGGGAGUUCCUGAAAAAAUAUCCUACUCCUGAAGUUGCUAGAGCUGCAGAUUGGAAGGAAAUAGCAGAGCUUCUUCAGCCUCUGGGGCUUUAUGAACUCAGGGCAAAAGCCAUCAUCAGAUUUUCAGAUGAGUAUCUCACUAAGAAAUGGAGAUAUCCAAUAGAACUUCACGGAAUUGGCAAAUACGGCAAUGAUUCCUACAGGAUCUUUUGUGUGAAUGAAUGGAAGCAGGUACAGCCACAAGAUCAUAAGCUGAAUUAUUACCAUUCCUGGUUGUGGGAGAAUCACAAGAAGCUUGGCCUCAACUGAGCAGUGUUUUUACCUUUCAUAAACUGUGUUACAUAUUAUUGUCUGUUUUUGUCAUUUUUGGUUUAUUAAGUUGUGCAGACGUUACAGAUGAGCACGUAUUACUGUGCUACUGCUGGGAAUGGUUACACUUUUAUAUAUGUAGAUGUAUGAUUAUGAAAAGAUAAAGCUAUUUGUAUUUUUAUAUAAAUGUUAUUAAACAGUUUUUAAUGCUGA